CUAUCGGAUUUCUAGCAAGUCUCAUUCUACUACUAAAUGUCCAUAUCCCAAUAUCCGCACGCACACCCCACUCAUUUUGUCUCUCCCCUCCUCCUCCUCCUCUUCUUCUUCUCCUUCUCCUUCUCCUUCUUCUUUCUUCUUCUGGUGAAUUCCUAUGGAAACUUUGGGAAAGAGUUGCCGGAGACAAGCCAGAAUCGCCAGACCUUCCGAUUCAGAAGAGGUUAGUAGCAUCGAGUGGGAGCACAUAAACAUGACCGAGCAAGAGGAGGACCUGAUCCACAGAAUGCAUAGGCUCGUCGGCGAAAGGUGGGACUUGAUAGCCGGGCGGAUUCCGGGACGGAGCGCGGCGGAAAUCGAGAGGUUCUGGAUCAUGAAGCACGGCGAAGGGUUCGCCGAGAGAAGACGAGAACGCAAGAAACCGAAGUCCGCCAUGUUUAUCAAGUGAUUUGACUUUAAUUACGUUCUCAGCUUCGUGUUCAUUCGCCAUAUGGUUCCAAGCCAAAAAGUACAGGGGCCGGAGUUACAGCAUGAGAUUUCACAAGUUUUGGUGUUUCGACUUUUUUCAUGGUUGCGAAGGCAACAUUGGCCUUUGUGGAAGAAACAUAACUCUGAUUCUUUGCGCAAUUAAUGGGGCUUCAUCUCUAUGAAUUAGUGAGUA